AUGGCAAAGUCACUGGCACAACAGAUUGCCGCUCUGGCCAACAAGCCUGCAGUGGAAGACUAUGAUAUAGAAGACAGCGAAAGGAACGUUUUCCAACACCGUGAUGGCAGUGAAGGCGAGUUGGAAUCCGAUUCUGAAGAUGAAAAGUUAGCAAAGUCCCAUUACGUAAACGUUGGAAAGUCCAAGAUGAGGGACCAGGGCAUCGCGCUACGAGAUGAAAAAUAUGGAGGUACCAAGGGCUCUCGGGGCGAGGCUUACUCCGAAGACGGGGGCUCUCAGGUGUCGGAGUCUGAUGGAAGUGGGACAGAGGAGGAGGAAGAGGAAGAGGAUCAAGGAAGUGAAGAUCUUGACAACGACUCUGAUAGCGGUGUUUCUUUGAGAACAGACUCCGAAGACGAAGAAUCAGAGGAGGAAAACCAACAAGAGCUGGAGCUGCCGCAAGAUGACGAAGAUACAGAAGUCAAACGUCAACGCUUGGCGCAAUUAGUGCAACAGGAAGCACAAUCCGCAGCCAAAAAGCUUUCCGAAGCAACGCACAGAGAUGCUUUAAAGGGGUUUGCUGUUUUGGAACAACACCGCACUUUUGACUACAUCCUGGAUGUCAGAAUUAAAUUGCAGAAAGCGGUUAACGCCAGUAAUCAGGUGCCGCUUACAAGUUCUUCUUGGGAACACUAUCUCAAAGAAUCUUCCAAAAAUGAAAAACUGCUUUCCAAGACCAUGAAACUCUUGGAAAAAGUCAUGGGCCAGCUUGUAGACUUCCGCUCAGAAUUUCAAAUAAACGAGAUGAUCGUCCAAGACCAGGAGAGCCCCAUUGCUCAGGGUGCAAAGAGAACUUUCUCUGAACUCUGUGAUCAAUCACAGACGCUGGAUAAUCAGCUCAGAGAGUACAGAACCUCGGUGUUAGAAAAAUGGUCGAACAAAAUUUCGUCAGCUUCUGGGAAAUCAGUUAUGUCUUCUUCCAAGUUCAAGGCAAUCAAUCAAUCCGCAGAUGUUCAGGUGGAAAAUCAGCUGGCAGAUCUACCCAGGUUACUGAAACGCACGAGGCUGAACAGAAGAAAUGUGGAGCCUUUAGGUUUCGAAAACGAUUACCAAGAGGGCCUCCUCGAAGAACUAAAGCCUCAAGAGGAGGAUGUCGAAAGUUCAGAUCAGGAAGGCCUCGACAUCCCCAAGAAUUAUGAUCCUAGAAAGAAGGAUAAUAAAAACAUUGAUACAAGUGACAAUCCCUACAUUUUCGAUGAUGAAGAUUUCUAUCGUGUUUUGCUAAAUGACCUCGUUGAUAAGAAAGUCGCUAAUGCCCAAGGCGAAAACAGCGGUGUCACAAUCGCAAUGACCUCCCGUUCGAACAAUAAAGUAAAAAAGAACGUGGACACAAAGGCCUCCAAGGGCAGAAAACUGAACUUCACAAUUCAGGAGGCGAUUGCAAAUUACGAGGCCCCUAUCAACGAGGGUUUCAAAUGGUCCGACGAGCAAAUCGACGAAUUCUGCGCUGGUCUACUAGGACAACGCAUUAAUUUUGACGAAGAACAAGAGGCUCAGGACGAAGCUACCGAGGUUCAAGAAGAAACUUUGGACAACACUGGUAUUCAAAUUUUUGGGUAG